AUGUAUUCCGGCUUCACCAAGAAGAUGGCCAUCACUCGACAGGUCAUCGACAAGAAGAAGGGCGUCCAGGAGUGCAGAGAAUGCGAUGGCCGCGGCGUGAAAGUGGAGGUGGUCCGAAUGGGGCCAAUGAUUCAGCAGAUGCAGUCCCAGUGCCACAGCUGUGGUGGACAAGGGAAGAGCUUCCAGACGAAGCAGGAGAGAGAGGUUCUGGAGGUGCACAUCCAGAAGGGAUCGCCAGAUGGACACAAGGUUGUCUUUCGAGAGAUGGCUGACGAGCAUCCGGAUGCCGAUGCUGGUGACGUGGUUUUUGUGCUGAAGCAGCAGGAGCAUGCUGACUUCAAGCGUAAGGGGGCCGACCUCUUCAUCGAGCGCAAAAUCUCUUUGGUAGAGGCUCUGUGCGGCUUCACUAUGGAGCUCACGCACUUGGAUGGGCGGAAACUCCAGAUCAAGACACAGCCAGGCGAGAUCGUGAAGCCCAUGAGCCAGGGCUUUGACCCCUUGGCCAAGGAGGAGAGAUCGGCCAAUCACCCAAGCCAUCUCCUCUAUGUGGCGGACUUAACGACGAAGGGCUUUUUCCUAAGGCUGAACCCAAUCAUUUUGGAAGCGAAGACGGAGUGGGAGGUGAUCGAAGAUGCAGACUGUCCCAGCGUUGAGAAUGUAGCGCAGGCAGACACCACAGACAUCGACACGCUGAAGAAGGCUUGUGAGACCCAGCUGAAGCGCGACUCAGCUGAGACCAGAGGAGGACCUGCGAAGACGGAGCGUCCAGGACGACAGAGUCGAGCGGGCUCUGGGAGAGAGUGA